AUGGAGCUAUUGGAUGUCUCUACAAUGAACUUCACAACACCUGAAGCAUCUACAAACCUCACAACAUCUACAUUUAAUCAAAUGGGAAUGCUAAACAUUUGUACACUGAGCUUCCAUUUCAUGCUUGGUCUUCCUACACACUCCUAUGUUAUAUGGCACAUUGUCACAGGAAGAGGAAAUGGAAUUGCAUCAGAGUUCUUCAACCUCAGUCUUUCUGUUUGUGAGAUCGUUCUCUGUCUGAAUUCUUUGUUCACUAUAUUGACAACAAGAUUUCCAAUUCUUUCUACACUGAUGCAGUUUUUAUUAGGACUAGGCAUUACUGGCCGUCCUCUGUUUCAAUGUCUGAUGUGUGUCGAGCGUUACCUGGCAGUGGUUCAUCCUGUAACCUUUCUGAACCUCAAACCUCUCAGAUACAGAUUGAUCUGUUCUUUUGCCGCCUGGAUCAUUAUUUUUGGCUCCUGUUUUUUCUGCAUGUUUAUAAUCUCAGUUAAGUUUUAUAUUUUUAUGUGGUUCUUCUCUGUGCAGUUGCUACUUUUUCCUUCCAUUCAGUUGUUCUGCUGUUCGGCUGUUCUCAGUGCUCUGAAGCAGUCAGGACCAGGAGAGAGAGGGAGAGAGAGAGAGGAGGAAAACCACAUAAAGAGAAGAGCGUUUUAUAUCAUUUUAUUAAUUACUGUGUCCAUGGUUAUUAUAUAUAUCCCAUCCACUGUCACAGGAUUCUACAGAGUUCUGACACACCAGAAUAUUCCCAUCCUGUGGAUGAUCAGUCAAAUUUGUUUUUUAAUGGCUGGUUUUGUACAGCCUGUUUUAUAUUUGCACCGGACUGGGAAACUCUCCUGCCGCUGUUCACCAUAA